GCUUUGUCUUCAAUUGUGUGUUGAACAUGAUCGAAGAAUGCUGCCACGUCAGAGCGGCCAAAGCGUCAAACAGCUUCCCCGUACUUUUUGACAGGACGGCCAGAGCUUUGUUGCUCAAGUCGGCGGCGGUGUGUACGUACAGUAGAAUUGAUUCCCAUAAGAUAAGUGAACGUAAACAAAGAUUAUGACCGAUUCUUCCGCCCCAUUGUCACCAAAGUAAAUACUGGACCCACUUUCCACAAGCCAUGUAUACUAUAUCUACCUAAUAUUCAAUAAAAUGAUUUUUUUAUACGAAAAAAAGGAGAAAAUUAACUUUGUUCGAGACCGGUUUCUGUCUUAACAACAAACUCCCGCGAGAUCUGGCAAGGGCUAGGCUAAAGUAAACUAAAGUAACGUUCUCGAACUCCACAGAUAACUUAUUAUCCUAAUGCUAAAUAUGGGUAUUAGCUGUGCAAAUAUCUAGUGUUAGCUACGACGUUCACUACACUUACAAACGAGGCCGCGACUAUUUAGGAGACAGGACGUAUUUACCGUUUCAUACCAUGGACUAUCUAGCCCUUAUAUCUAUCUAUGUAUCUAGAGAGUGGACGAAGGUGAAAUGCACCAGUCCGUUCCUUUUCGUGUCCGGGGGGAAACAGCAGAUGAUGAUGAUGAUGAUGAUGAUGAUGGGAUCAAUUCCGCUUAUUUAGCUAAGGAAGCAGCCCAACAUGGCUCACAGUGCCAGGACAGAUUGCCCGGAGCUCCCGGACUUCUUUCUUCUCAAGAGGCUGGCCAGGGAUCAACUCAUCUACCUGCUGGAACAGCUGCCGGGGAAGAAGGACCUCUUCAUCGAGGCAGACUUGAUGAGCCCGCUGGAUCGUAUUGCCAAUGUGUCAACGCUAAAGCAACAUGAGGUCGACAAACUCUACAAAGUGGAAUACAAACCUAUUGUCAGCACCUCAGAUCAGCUCUGUUUUCUGAUCCGGCCUAGAAUACCAACUGUCAAAUGGAUAUGUGAUGUGGCCAAUGCAGACAAGGCAGCAGGAAGAUUUAGACGAUACAAGAUCAUCUUUACCCCUCAGAAGUUUUAUGCGUGUGACGCGGUGCUGGAGGAGCAGGGGAUCAUUGGCGAUGUGACCACUGAUGAGUGGUCUUUUUAUCUUCUUCCUCUUGACGAUGACAUCAUCAGCCUGGAGCUGCCCGAGUUCUUUCGAGACAACUUCCUGGCGGGGGACCAGCGCUGGGUGAGGACAGCCGGCAGCGCGCUGCACCUCCUCCACUCCCUCUACGGCCCUUUCUCUAAGGUCUACGGGAUUGGACGAUGUUCCAAGAUGGCGUACGAGUCGUGGAGGGAGCAGGUGGAAGAGGGAGAGCAAAAAGCGCGUCAAGCUGAAAUAGGAAAGGUUUUUCUCAUUGACAGAGAUGUGGACUUUGUCACUCCUCUGUGCUCGCAAGUUGUCUACGAGGGCCUCGUGGACGACAUAUUUAAAAUCAAAUGUGCGUGCGUGGAGUUUGGACCUGAUGUGACGUCCUCUGACAAAAGUAUAAAAGUCAUGCUGAACUCUCAGGAUAGGGUCUUCAAUGAAAUCCGAAACGAGCAUUUCUCCAACGUCUUUGGCUUCCUCAGUCAGAAAGCCAGGAAUCUCCAGACUUCAUACGAUAAGCGUCGGGGGAUGGACAUAAAGCAGAUGAAGACGUUUGUGUCGGAGGAACUAAAAGGCUUAAAACAGGAACACCGGCUGCUUAGCUUACAUAUCGGUGCCUGUGAAUCGAUAAUGAAAAAGAAAACAAAGCAGGAUUUUCAGGAGCUGUUGAAGACAGAACACUCUUUACUCGAAGGAUUUGAAAUCCGUGAAAGCAUUUCUUAUAUAGAGGAGCACAUCAACAGACAGGUCUCCAUGAUCGAAAGUCUGAGGCUGCUCUGUCUUCUGUCUAUCACAGAAAACGGACUUCUGCCAAAAGAUUACCGCUCAUUAAAAGCACAGUAUCUGCAGAGUUAUGGAGUGGACCACCUGCUCACAUUCGCCAACCUGAGGCAGUUGGGUCUGCUGGUGGAGCAGCAGCCGGGGGAAACGCUGACUGUUAUGGAGAGCACGGUCGGCAAACUGGUCAACGACAGAACUGCAGGAAAGCUGAGUGACGCCUUCUCUUCUCUUGCAAAGAAGAGCAACUUCAGAGCCCUGAGCAGAAAGCUCAACCUGGUACCAAAGUCAGAUGAAGAAUAUGACCUGCGUGUCCCACGAGACAUGGCCUACAUCUUCAGCGGCGCCUACGUCCCUCUGAGCUGCAAACUCAUCGAGCAGGUGUUGGAGCGAGACGGUUGGACGGGGCUUGAAGAAGUCACCAGGCUGCUAAAUGGACAUGAAUUUGCUGUUACAGGCAGCACCGGAGCGGACUCAAAAGCAAAGAACGACGCUCAGCGCAUCAUCCUCGUCAUGUUCCUCGGCGGCUGCACCUUUUCGGAGAUUUCCGCUCUACGUUUCCUCGGCAGAGAGCGAGGUUGUAAAUUCAUUGUGGUAACAACUGCGAUAACAAACAGUUCGAGACUCCUUGAGGCCUUGCUAGACAACCUGGUAUGAAGCCUGUCACCACUCCCUGAUGGACAGACACCGAGACAUUCCUGCAGCCACUUGUCAUGCGUUCCUUCCAGCACGCUGGCGUUACAGAUGGGAAAUGUUUCCGCUCUGUGCCUGACGACGAAAGAACUGUAAAGAUGUAUAAAGUGAAUAAAUGUUUUUAACACGU